AUGGCAGGAACGAGCACGAUGAGCGAUAUGGACCUCAACGCUGUCCGCAAACUAGCACAAUCAUACACCACCCACCCUCUCCAUCUCACAGCGCUCCAUGCCUCCUAUCUCGACCGCGCAACCUCCGACCUCCCCACACUCUCCGACUCGCUCAUCUCUCUCCAACCUCUCAAUCCCAGCUUGCUUGAGAGGGACGUCGCGGACCACAAAGACUACUUUACGAAGAUCAAGUUCAA